CCACAGUACGGCGGAUUGCUCUCCUCCCACUGAGGAUGGCCUGUCCUAAACAUAAGACAAAUUUCACACACAAAGGGCUGUAAAUACUAGCGUGUGCUCUGUAAGCGACCGUUCACCCUUCAACUGGCUGCUCAACCGCAGACAAACAUGGUUUCUCCUGUCACUGUGGUCAAGAGCGAGGGUCCAAAGCUUGUUCCGUUCUUCAAAGCCACUUGCGUCUACUUUGUUCUGUGGCUGCCCACCUCAAGCCCCUCCUGGUUCAGUGCCCUCAUCAAGUGCCUGCCCAUCUUCUGUCUUUGGGUUUUUCUGCUCGCCCAUGGCAUCAGCUUUUUAGGGGCCCACUCCAGUGCCAGGAAAAUCCUGGCAGGACUUAUUUUUUCAGCCUUGGGCGACGCAUUUCUCAUCUGGCAAGAACAAGGCUACUUUAGUCAUGGACUGCUAAUGUUCGGCAUCACCCACAUUCUCUACUCUUCGGCCUUUGGAAUGAAGCCCCUCAACUUGAGAGCAGGUCUGAUCAUCGCCGUCAUCUCAGGCCUCAGCUACACCCUUCUGUACCCCUACCUCUCUGGUCCCUUCACCUACCUGGUGGCUGUUUACAUCGCUCUCAUCGGCUUCAUGGGCUGGAGGGCCAUCGCUGGAGUCCAGCUCACCAAUGACCUCUGGACCUGGACGAAACUGUCAGCCUGCCUCGGAGCUGUCCUCUUCAUGGUGUCCGACCUCACCAUUGCCGUCAACAAGUUCUGCUUCCCGGUUCCCCACUCCCGAGCCAUCAUAAUGGCCACCUACUAUGCUGCCCAGAUGUUGAUUGCACUGUCGGCCGUGGAAUGCCAAGACGUUGACGCGGCUCGGAAAAGAGCCUGAGGAACCACAUAUUAACCAACCGUCUCCUAAUGAUUCAUCAUCGUUAGCAGCUACACAUGCUCAACUUUCUGCAAUCCCAGGUCCAUCCACAGUUCCCCCAUCUGACCAUGAUCAGGAUAUAUUGGUUAUAGUUAAGGAAUUGCCCUUUUAGGAUCAUGUGAGACCAUACCAAUGGGAGUAUUCCAUGCUGGAUUAAAUUACAAGGUUAGAUAGUCUUGGAGUCUUAAGUCUACUGUCUUAGUCAGGUCUUCUUUCAUACUUACAAUACUGAAUUUGCUUUCAGUAGUAGUACCACUACCACCAUUAUUUUGGUAUUGAGAAAGGAAAAACGGAUGAGUUUUUUCCUUCUGGUUACUAGUUCCCAACUUACAAUACCCCACUUGCUUUCCCAUUAAGAGUUGCCUCCAUUUCGACUGAGACUAUCCCAGUGUCUUCUCAAUAUCUUUCAUAUCUUGUCCACUUCAAAGAGUCCCCGAUGGGUUAUAUUGCAAAAAAGGGGUGAAUCAUGAGGGACCAGUGUUUGUCAAACAAUACAAAGUAGUUCAGAUUCUUCUUAGAGGGCUGGCUUCUCUGUCUCUCUGUAGAUUUUUCCAAAUCUAAUCAGAGAGCAGCAUGAAAGCCAUGUCACAAACUAAAGCAGAUAUAUUAACAAAGUGCUGCUGUACUGAAAUUCAAAGCACCAGUUCUUUUAAUAGUAGUUUGUGGUAUACCUUUUAAUGUGUCAUUGACACAUUAGUUUCGGUCACAGUCAUUUUGUUUCAUAACUUUGAGUUAGUACACAAACCUUCAUGCCUGUAUGCACGUGUGCUGGACAAGUUGUCUUGUCAAACCCAAUUGACUGCAACCAGUGCUAGCAUUGUCUUUGGAAUAGAUGAAGCCUGUGUCCUACACUACGUUCUGAGGUGUGACCAUUACCAAGAGGAAAACACAGCGUGAGACUCAUAAAAAGAGAUGUCGGUCUCUUUCUUGGAGGGGAUUCGGUGACAGUGUCUGUUAUCUUUGUCUUAGGUUUCUGCCAAAGUCAGCAGUAUUGCUCAGCACCUUUACCACAAGGAAACAGCAAAUAAGUACAAGCUGAACUAUUUAUUUUUUCUGUUAUAGUAUCAGAUAAUGUUUAUAAAGAGGAUGUGAUGUUAGAUAAUACACAUGUAGCAAGCUUCCAACCACUUUCCUUUGUCUAUUGCCAGAAGGAAGCAUUUUUCUCCUGUGGUGGGCGAAUAUACAUAUGUGUCGUCAGCUUUAAAUUAGCUGGUAUUUUAUUUUUAAGCCAGUAUUUUUAUUUUAUUCUCACUCUUUUCUCAACUCAUUCCCAUCCAAUCCUCCACAUGAAAAUGUGUGAAAAUUUCACAGCGUGUGAAUAUUUCACAGUGCAGCAUUCUCCUUUUUAUUGUGUUUGGUACUGUGCUUUUUUUUUAGACGAGUCACAUACUUACACAUACAUAAGUCAUAUUUCACUACAAAAUAAAAAAGUAUAUAUUUUUCCUCUUUAGAGUACAACAAAUACAAAAUUUAAUUUACUUAAUAAGAACUUAAAGGGAUUGGUCACCCAAAAAUGAAAAUUAGAUAUUGAUGAACAAAGGCCUCCUGUAAGUAAGAAAAAUAUCCAUAUUCAAAACGUUAUAAUUAUUUUAAUCUAGCAUGCGACAACAGUUGUACAUGGAAGCAGCUCUGGGAGGAUGGAGAUGUCGGCAGUGCACUUGAGCCGUUGAGUCUUGUGGAAACCAACGUUUCUUAACAGGAGCAAAGUAACCGAAAUUUCCUUACUUUAGCAAAGGAAAAACAGUCUCCUCUGUGCUUAUAUCGAAUUCCUCCGACAUUUUUCUUUACAAAUCCUCGUUUUGUACUUCUAAUUCAUGACCGUUGUUUUGUUUUGAUCUCUCCGCUGUGUUUCUGCGUUCAACAUUUCUGAGCAGCACAUGCGCACCGUCAACAUCCUACUGUAUGUCAUCAGCCCAGAGCUGCUUUCAUGUUCAACAGUGAGUGCAAGCUAGAUUAAAUUGAUUAGUACAUUUUAAAUAUGGGUAAUUCAUGGGCUAACUCAUUUUUGGGUGAAUUAACCCUUUAAUUGACAUAAUAAAUAUCAAUAUCAGUCAAUAAAAGAAGUACUAAACUAGGCUUCAUUUUAUUUAUGCAAAAUAUUCAGCUAUAAAUAUUAUUUUCUUUAGGGUGAAAUAAGAACAGGACAUUUUCUUGACAGGCAUUGUGAGAUUUUACACAAACACCAUAUGUACUGUAUUUAUUGUCAGUUGAUUUGAACUGAUGGUUGUUUAUAUAUAUAAAUCUCAAUAAGGGAUCAUCUGAUCCUUCACUGCUACUAAAUGAGGGAACCAUCAGCCAUGAUGGAAAGUACAGCUUGGGCUGAUAUGUGCUCAGCUGUUGCACCCUCAGGUGUGAGUUGACAUGAGCUUUGAAUGCAAACACAGCUGAUCACUCAACAAUGGUCCAUUCUGAAGUGAUAUGACAUAUUUAACUUGGCCGUGAUGCGCAUCAAUGUCCAGUGGUAGCAGUAGACUCAAUUUGUUUUUAUUUUAAUGUGAAUGAAAAUUGUGCCCUACUCUUUUGUAUACUUCUGGGUUACAAAAAUGUUUUAUUCAAAUACUUGUUUUCAUGCACCUCAAAGUAAAAAUGAGUUGUCUGCCCAAUCCUGUUGGCCAUUGCGUCCAGCACACUGUUACGCAAAUAAAUGCUACUGUUGUUAUCAACACACACACACUCCGCUCAACCGCUGAGCUCUUGAGAAACAGAGAGGCUAUUUUGACACAUUUGCUUUAUGCCAAGUUUCAUAGGUUCCCUAUUCAAGGGUCAAAUUGUCAGCAAAACAUUUCAGAGUGGUCGUAAAACCGUACGUGAUUUGCAAGGGCAGAGCAUUCCCCUGAAUCUCAUUUUAGGGGCAGACAGACUUUUUAGUGAUUCAGAUAAUUUUUUGUAACCAUUGUUUGAUGGCAAUAUUCCUGCUAAGCUUUUCUUUUCCUUUGUUUCCCACCUGCUGUCACCUCCCAGCUGGUUAGAAUUCGACCUGGCCUGGGCGUUUCCGUCUCUAUUGUGUUCAUUCAAACUCCAUUGAGGAGAACGGGUGCCUUCUGUUUCCAUCACUGAAAUGUUGUCUGUUGAGAAGUGUGGAGACAGUCACUGACACGGGGAAGAUUAUCUUUCCUUCUGGCUUUGCUUUAGUUCGCGACUUUCAAAUAGCAAUGAGUGCGAUCGUUUUACGCCCCCUCUGUCAGCGCUUCUGUGUUUGAUGCUUUUGUGUCGAGUCGAGGGGGGUGAAACAGAAUGCUGGGAGUUCAGUCGGUUCAGUAUUGAUGACAGUGUUUAGGUAUAGCGAUCCUGUUGUUAAAGUUAAUGAGGAAUAAACCACUUGGUUCAAAGCACACCAUUGAGUGAUGUAAAUAUCAGCACUUUUCCAUUUAAUCUCUUUAUAAACCUCCUGAAAUCCUGUAUUCGAGAUUGAGGCUUGAAAUGUACUCUACGCAAAUGCUUGAAACAAUUCCCAAAUGCCAAUUUUGUGCAGAAUAAUGUCAGGUUACACAAUUCAUAAAAUGAAACACGAAUGUGCUGCAUUCUCAGCAUUGCCACAAGGGGCACUAUAAGCUGUUUUUAUUUCUCUCGCAUCAAUCAUUGUCAUGGAAGAGCUACAGUUUGAAGAGCAUCUUACUGAGCAAUCAGUAAGGAUGUAAUGUGGACUUUUUGUUAUUGUCAUAUAAUUACAAUGAUUUUCUAAAACUUUUUCAUUAUAGUUAAGGCCCAUGCACAACAACAAGAACUACAAAGAUAACCAUAACAAUAAAUAUCUUAGUGUCUGCACCAAUGGACAAUAACGUUCCAUUUAUUACGAGCGCACACUGCAGUUUUAUCGCCUGCUACUUUAAAUACUCAAGCUCUUUAAAGUCAUAGAGUGUCAUCAGUGUUUUUAUUGUUCUUCAGCUGGAACAAAAAAUUGUUCUGAAAGUGAUUCCAACGACAUCGCUUCUCUGUGACGUUACCAUUAGGGACAUUGUCAGAAUUACUAACAUUAUUUUUUACUUUUUCGUCACAGUUAAAUUUGCUGUAAGUUUUUUACUUUACUACAACAUAAUAAUACCAUAAUAUAUUUGCAGAUAUUUAAUGUCGAAAUUUCAAUCUUCCGUCCUUUCAAUUCAGUUAAUUUCUGCAUCACAGUAUAGAGCACCUUUUAAAUGCACUUUGAAAUAAAAAAUAAACGUUUUGUUCCCUUAACCUAGUGAGUUACCGUGCUGUCUGCUGUCUAAAUCAGCUGCUUUCUGCUAUGAGAGAUCAAACAUCAGUGACGUCUUGCAUUAGCAUGUUGCUAAGCUAACUCAUUAGCUACUGUCACAAUAUAUCAUCUUAUUUUGAUUGAACCAGUGUUUAUUGGCGUGUUUUCAGUAUUGAGUGAAAUUUAAUUAUUUAUAUGUAACACUUCUUUCGCCCUCCAUCUUGGAUUGAUUUUUCACUCAGUGAAUUCUGGGAUUGUCUUUUCUUUGAAAAUUAAUUGCAGCGCUGUUUUUAAGUUUGGCAAAAUAAUAUUGGCAUCUUUCAAAACUUCCCUGAAAUUCAGUCUAGGUAGGUAACUCACUAGGAUUAAGCUUUCAGACAUUAGAUUUGGAAGAAAAAACAACUUAAAUCUUUUUUGGUCUUAUUUUUUUCUAUUUGUGAUUGUUUUUGCUUUCUAGCAUUUACUGAAAACAUUGCGCACAAUUACAACUUUACCAAGUUUGUUUUAUAUUAUUGUUUAACCUCUGCCCUCAUAGUAAAUCAAAGGGUAGUUGCUGUUUCUACCAUCAGAUACAGUAUAAUCUGGGUUGGUUCCAUCUUAUGAGGAAGUCUUAUAUGAUACCGUCAUAUUAACAUUAAGUAAAAAAAAAAAGUAAGUUAAACUGCUUUCCAGUACUAAUGUUAGUAAGUCACAUUUUAACACUAGUUUCAGAACCUUAUAUAAAAUGGACCAAUAUUGUUAUAGAGUUCUUAAAAAUCAAAUAUUUGUAAUAUUUUAUGAGUAUGACUAUGCUGUAUGUAAAAAGUAAGGCAGUGACAAUAUUUGAGUAAUAAAAACCGUGCAGUUACGAUUACAAUCUUUAAAAAUAGAAGAAAAAUGAAGUGGUUUAAUGGUCUGAAGUCUGUGUACAAUAUUACUAAAAUAAGGGAAACUCAUUUUUUGGAGUACCUCUCUCUUUCUCUUGUUAUAUAUCUAUGUAUUUUUUACAGUUGACACUUAAGCAUUGUGAAGUUAUUAUGUUGUGACGAAUGCUGUUAUUUUUCAAUAUAUUGCCUUAUUGUUAUAAUGUCCAGUAGUUAAAUUCCUUUCUUUAUUUGUUGUUAAAGGACUAUAGUGAUACUGCUAUGAAUGUGAUUUAGUCCAAGUAUGAAAUAAAUGCAACUGCAAUGCAACUGAAAAUGUGCUGUAAAUGUGUUUGUCUCAUUGUUGUAUAUUGUGAAGAUGAUGAAUCCUUAAAGAGACGGUUCACCCCAAAAAUAAAUAAUUUUUA